GCCAUGACGACUAUCGCUGCUAUGGAGAUGCAGCUGCGUGAGCUGCAAGAAAAGGCUGAGUUUUCCGCCUCGAGCCUCAAGAACUUGGUGGCCCAUGGCGAGGAGAUCGAGAGUGGGAUCCUGUCCAAAAGGAGCCUGCGUCCUCUGGUGGCGGAGCUGCGGACAGAGGCAGACAACCUUGCUGGGAGGCUCAAGGACUCGAGCAACAUCGUCCAGCAGGUUGUGGAGAGCGUGCGCAUCCUGGACACAGCGCAGGCGAACACGAGGAAGGCCCUGGAGCGAACUGUCGACAUUGUGGGCCUGAAAACUUGUGUGGACGAUGUGGCGACGGCCAUGGUGAACGAGAACUGGGAGCUCGCGGCCACGUCCAUCCAGCGGUACCUCCAUGUGGAGCCCGAGGACUCCAAGACCGAGGAAGCGGCGCUGCAGAGCUUGAAGAGAUCGCUAGAAGAGCUCCGGCAGAUUGUAAGGCAGAGAAGUCAGGCAGCGACGGAGAGCAACGACCAGCAGGGAGUCGUGAGGUUCUGCAAGCUCAUGGGGCAGGUCGGGCUGAUCGAGGAAGGUAUCUCGCGCCUCACGCAGUUCCUGGCGAGGAGAGUCGAGGCAGGAGCUCAGGAACAGAUCCUGCAGCUCAAGAACGUACUAGCGCUGGGAGCUACGGGAGGGAACGUCGCGCUCUUUGCCAAGUGCCUUACUAGUAUCCUUGACGUCGUUGCACGCGCGACGACAGAAGGAGAGCAGGUGGUGAAGGAGAGCUUCGGGGAUCAAGCUCGAUCCCAGCUCGUGACUGCCCUCUACACGAAGGCGGCUCCGAGCAUCGCGGAGGUGCUGGAGUUGAUCUUCAGUCGAAGGAACAUCGCGUCGCUCGUCAGGAAGUAUCGAGACCAGCAGCAGCUGGAGAAGAAGGUAGCUCUAGAGCUGGACGUCCUGCUCGAGGAGAUCUCGCUGUGCUUGCAGCGUAUCGAGCAGUUCAACUGGUUCAUGGUGGCCAAGGCGCGAGCGCCUCCUCCCUCCUCGCAUGGGGACAAGCAAGUGCGACCACAUGUCGACGAUCACUUUGAGCUCCCUCGCGUCACCAUCGUUGAGGUGAAGAAGGCUGAGCUGAUCAGCGGCUACAUCGCGCUGGAGGAGACGUUCAUGCGCUACUCCGUUGAGAAGGCGAUCAAGAGCAGAGAGCGAGACGACGAGACGCUGGUCUCUGCUCUCGUCGACGAGGUCUUCUUCGUCCUCAAGAAGUGCUCCCGCAGAGCGUUGGCGACCUCCAGCCUCAACGCCAUGGGUGACGUCAUCAUGUACGCCCACAGCAUGCUGGUCACCACCUACAAAGAGGCGCUCGAGGCCAUGCUGGCGGCGACGGAUCGCUCGGGAGGGAUGCAGCUGUCAGGAGGGCUGGCCAACCUACUGGCGGGGACGACGAUCUUCGACGGGACCUGCUACAACAACCUCGAGGUGUCGGCGAACAACAUCCGGAAACUGCACCACCAGCUGGAGGCUGAGAUCAAGCAAGUCUACCGCGGGGCAAUGAGGAAGGAGGAGGACAAGGCCAGGGAGUGCAUGUCGGAGCUUGCCACAGCUGGACAUAUCCUUGCGAAGUCCCUCAGCGAUGCGAUCGAACGCCUCGCAGCCCUGCUGGACAGAUUCCUGAGCCCAGCUAUCAACCUGCUGCAGAGCACGGAUUACGAGACGCAAGAGGCUGUCUUCUGCGAGAGCGCUGCCGUCGUCGAGCUCAUCUCCACGCUCGAGAGCACGUUGCAGCCCUUCCGCAUGGAGCUCAACUCCUCCUGCUUCGACAUGCUCGUCCUCGCCAUCGUCAGCCAGCACGUCGUCCCCCCCCUCGAGCGCCUCGUGCUGGGUAAGAAGCCUAGCAGCUUCAGCGCGAUGGGGGCGAUGCAGUUCGACAAGGACCUGCGAGCUCUGACGGGCUUCUGCUCGACUCUGACGCAGAGGACGGUGAGGGAUCAGUUCACGCGGCUGUCGCAGCUGGGGCUAGUGCUGAACCUCGGGGAGCCCAAGGAAAUCUUCGACUACGGGUGGGGCGACACGUCGGGGGGAGCGAGUGUGAUGUGGAGGCUGACGGCCGACGAAGUGAGGAAGGCGAUGAUGCGAAGAAGUGACUUCCGUAGAGAGAGGAUACAGGCGCUCAAGCUGUGA